UCUGCCCACUUUGCACACUAACGUAGGGCAGUGGCUGAAUGCAGCGCGGGAGAGGGGAGGAGGAGGGGGCGAAGUCUGGAUGACGUCAGCGGUGUUUCGUGCACGCGGACAAUGAGCUGUGGCGAAGAAGCAGCUGUGUGUACAUACAGUAGCUGUAUACAGUACAUCAGGGCCUGUCAGCCAGGCAGAGCUGCUGUGUGUGUGGCGAUGGGGAGGAAAUAAAGCGGCUCUUCUACAUGUCACCGACGCGGAAAGGUAAUCUAAGAAAAUGGAGGGAGGAAACUUUGGUUACUCCCGAGACUAUCUUGAUCGCUUCAUCCAAAGCCAAGACUCAUCUGUGGUAAACAAGUUCCAGCAGAAAUACUGGAAAACCAAGCAGACGCUCAUCAAGGUCACCGGGAAGAAGGAGGACGAGCAUGUGGUCGCCUCAGACGCAGAUCUGGAUGCCAAGCUGGAGGUCUUCCACUCGAUUCAGAGAACAUGCAUGGAGCUGCUGAAGGUCAUUGAGCAGUAUCAGAGGAGGAUCUGCCUCCUUUCCCAAGAAGAGAACGAGCUGGGUCGUUUCCUGCGCUCCCAGGGCUCUCAGGAUAAAACCAGAGCUGGAAAGAUCAUGCAAGCCACAGGAAAAGCUCUCUGCUUCUCAUCACAGCAGAGAUUGGCUCUGAGGAACCCGCUGUGCCGUUUGUACCAGGAGGUGGAAACGUUUCGUUAUCGUGCCAUCUCAGACACGUGGCUGACAGUGAAUCGAAUGGAGCAGUCAAGGACUGAGUACCGUGGAGCGCUGCUUUGGAUGAAGGACGUAUCUCAGGAGCUCGACCCAGAUACACAUAAACAGAUGGAGAAAUUCAGAAAGGGCUCAGGCAUACUAACCCGAAUCUACACUUCCUCUUCAGAUUGGGCCCCACAUUCUGCCACUCAAGCAACUGAGCACUCAUCUGAAGCCAAUCAAAGCACUCCAAAGCCAGCAGAGAGAGAGGCAGAAGGGACGUCCAAAGAUCUCUCAGCGUGGUUCAACCUGUUUGCAGACUUGGACCCCCUCUCCAAUCCCGACGCGAUCGGCAAAACCAACACAGAGCACGAACUUCACAAUGCAUAGUUGUUCUUCUGCAUCACAUUUUACUCUUGUAAGGGGUACAGUGAAAUAAGGCUUCCACCAUGAGUUUAAAAACAGAAAACAAACAAAAAAAAAAAAAGUCUGAUCUGACUCUCAGAGGCCUCAUGCAAGAAUAAUUUGUGCAGUUUCAUAUUUUCUUUCUAAAGUGGAACAUGACAGGGUGUCUCAGGUAGACAGGCAGAUUGUCUAGUUUCCUUAAUAUGAAUUAGUAACCAUUUAAAAAAAUAUUUAACAAAAAUUAACUUCACUAAUUCACUGUGGCAUCACUUGCAAAUUUACCAUGUUUCCUGGUUGCAUGCACCAGCAUAUUAUGACUAAGUAGUUCAUAAGUUCAGUUUACUGAGAAAGCUCACUCCAAAAGCUGACUCAAGGCGUCCACGGUCACUUACUGUUGAACAGCCUGUGAUGACAGGCCGCUGACAAAUAUAAUAGUAAUAUUUUAUACGCCUAACAACAUUUUGGGGUUUUUCCAUGGAAAAUAAAAGCCAUCCGCACAAUGAGCAUGACAGACAGCCCAUUUUGGAACCACGCAAGAGGUGUUUUCAACUUAAUCUUAGAAGGAAAUACGACUAGAGACUGAUUUAGAAGAACACCACAAAUGUUCUUGCAUAAUGCCCAGUGUCAUAACUGAACAACUAAACGAGGAUAUGUAUGAUUAUAACUUCAGGAAGAUGAGGUUUCUUUCAAAAAAUUGAAAAUCGAAAAUAUUUUUAGAGAAAAAGUUGAUACGAGGCCAUAACAUAAAAAUAUGUUUUUAAUAACUACAACAAUAUUGUGGUUUUAUUUUGUUAAAUAAUUGCCAGUUUAAAUAAUGAGCUCAGAAAGUGUGUAGAUCUAGUUAUCGCUGCAAAAAUCUUACAUAAGUGUAUAGAAAGGUUGAGAUAUCCCUAAUAUGGCUCUCAGGCACACGGCGCUGGCUGUGAGCGCUGAAGCCUCAAUCACCAACUGUUAAACUCUUCUCUUUGCAAAUGGCCACCAAUCAGGAAAAAUCUGGCUUAAAGCUAGAGUUGAAUGGUUUGUGUUCAGACAGUAGCUGACCUGAAGGACUGCACCAAGGACCGAGUGCUGAGUGCUAAGCUAGUCCAAAGUUAAAAAUAUGGAGGUGGCGAUGAGCACAAGUCCCUUUAAAUCAGGCUGUAACCAGAAAUGAGCAGAUUAAUUUCAUGGUGGCAGUAUUAUGCUUCUGUCAGAGCCCCAUGAACUAUUACCAGCUUUGUCAUGAAAGAAAAAUGUAAACAUUAAAUUAUUUUAGCAGGGAUACCUCAAUAAGAGUUUGGAACAAAACGCCUUUGACAGUAGCUGCCUUGGAAAUCCCUCUCAUAGCAUUCAUGCUUCAUUUCCAGUUCUCAUUACUGAAGAUGUCAAACUACUGCGUGAGAUGCACAAGAGGAAAGAAAGCAAAUAUGACAAAGAUAACAGUUUGUUUACAGAGCAGUGGAACAUGUUGACUGGAGGAAUUUUAAUGCAGUUAAAUAGAAUUAUUUAAACAAACUGAAGGAUAAUUGUCUGGCAUUGAUCUAUUCAGCAGUGCAAGAAUUUAAACUAAACUCCUUUCUCACCACAUCUGAAGGUGGAAUUUCAUCCAUGUAAUCCAAGUCGUUUCUUUGAUCAGACACAAGCUUGACCUUUUUUUGUAAGGACUGAUGAUUUGUUUGCAAAAUACAGUAUAUGUGAUCUCCUUUUAAGUAUAAUCCAGAAGUAUGUUGAUUUAAAACACAUCAGUCAUUUAUUACUGCAUGUUGCAUGCCUUCUUUUAUGUUAAGCAGUAAACGUGAUUCAGUGAACUACAUGUUUAUAGUGAUGUGACAUUUUUCCACGUUCCUGUAUUUACUUAGUGGUUUUUACGGGCAUUAUACGCUGCGUCAGUGCAUUAUUCUAGAGCCAAAAAAAGAGGAAACUUUAAGAAUCGUGUAAAUACAGUCUUAUUCUGACUUUAAUGACAAUGCUGCAUAAACUGACUACAUAUCUGAGUAAAUGCCUUAAUCAAAUCACACGUUAACACAGAGUUAUAACCCAGUGACAUUUUUUUGUUGCUUUGUUUCAUAUUCAUUUAUUAUUCACUCAUAACCAAAUACAGCAAUUGCCUUACCUUAACUCCUAUUUGCAUAUAAAAUCAUGCUUAUGAAUACUAAUAAGGUUUUUUUCCCCCAGGUCACAGAUAAACACAAUGUACAUCAAUCCAAAGAGACUUUUUGGGGCUUUCUUUUUUCCUUUAUUGAAAAACACACAAGAUCUACAUAAAAACGUGUAAUACACGGGAGAACUGAAUCAUCAUUGCCUGACACGGCAAUCAUUUCUGAACGGCACAGUGUGCUUGUGAAUAUAAUCAGAAUUAGUAUGAUUAAAAGUCUUUGAGCUGCAAGCAGAGCAAAGCACUUCAACUUCCUUUGUUGCUGAAUGUGCUGCACAUGUUCUUGUGGCAAAACGGACCAAAGUCAAAGUCAUGUUUUUUUUUGUUUUUUAAAAUUAUGUUCUGAUAAUACAAACUUUGCAAAGUAACAUCAGGCCACAUCUGGCUGCAUCUGUAUAUUGAGAUAAACUGUUACACUUUUUUUCGUCCUUAGUGUAGCUUUACUUCAAGCAAAAAUCGAAAUUGCACUCUGUUCUGAUUGCUUUAACUUUACAAAUUGGUCUAAAAUAAAAAUAGUGAUUAUCAUUUUGUUUCCAUUUUAAGGAUUAGCACUUACGUUUACGUAGUUGCUGAGCUCUUUAAUAACACAAAUGAAAUGCAAAUAAACAUUCUGCUUCUUUGUGCUCCAGUAACACUGUAUGAUAGUAAUUGUUAAGAACGGGUAAACUAACAGUUAACCUUCAGAUAUUUACUGUUAGCAAACAAUGAAAUGAGACUUGAUUUUGAAAGCCAGGUACAACUUUAGAGUACAGGUGAUGUUCAUAAAUGUAAAUUGCGCUUUACUUUAAAGCAUGUAUGGAGAAGCAGUGGACCUUGGUGCUUCAUUUCUCACACCGAUUUAAUUUUUGGGGGCAGCUUUAAGCACCAAAAGACUACUUGUUUUGGUCCAAGAACGAAAAAAAAUAUAAAUUGUGGCUUAGAUGGAGCUCUAUCUCACCAUCUUUGUCACAAAUGUGGCCAAACUAAUGACAAACUGCUUUAUUACUAAUGACUAACAAACAUUUGUUAUCAUGUCCUUGUUUGUUAACAGUAAACUACUUACUAAAGCUUAGUUAACCAUCAGUUUACCAUUUAUCCCAGUUUGUGAAGUUAUUACUUUGUGUCCCAAAACACAUGAAAGGCCUCUCAUCGUAAUUUCCUUUGGUACAUAUUUAUCAAAAGGGCUGAAACAAAUGCCAGAAUUGUCAGCAUCUUACUUUCGCAGGGUCUAGCUUAUGUCACUCGUUCCUUUUGCAUGAGUUCUCACAGUUGAUCAAUUCAACAGCGGUCUCUGGAAUGUGUCAUAGCACCUGAAAUUCUAACCUGAACAGGUUAACACGCAAAGCAUCCGUCACAAGGGGUGACAUCAAUCAGUUGAUUCAGUCUGUAUUAGCCUCCCUCUCUCCAGAAACUAAAAAAAUAAUAAUGAAACAUUUCUGCAAAAGACUGGAAUGUCUUUCUGAAGAACAAAGUCAAACACUGGGCAAAGGCAACAUAAUCCGAGAGAGUACAUUCCACAUGACCUGAGUUAUUGUUCUUGGUAGUGUGGGGCAUUAAAACGAGGAAACGGAGGAGCCGUGUGCUUUUUGAUCGGUCAGUUAAUUGCUGAUUAAACAGCUGAUAUUUGCAUUUUAGCUUACCAAGUUUUAUUAGUGAUCGAACUAGGAAUGCAGGUUUCGGUCUCGUCUGGUGAGCCUCUCAGGUGAAGCCUGCACUUAAGUGACUGCUGGUUUCAUUUAAGACUGUGUGAUACGAAUACAUUCAAAUAAGUAACAGGAGGGAAAAGGGGCAAAGUAUUCUGACAUCCGGGUAGCUUAAAAAUAUGAAACAUAAAUGCACUUUGAAAUGUUAGCUUGCUGAACACUGAACAGCUAAUAAGCUU